GGAACCUUUAUGGCGCACUAAUGCCAUUAUUUAGUUGAAAACAUUAGUUUAUUGAAGGAGAAAAUAAUAAAGAGAGUUUUUGCUUCAGAAUUAAACCUCAGUGUGAUUUAAUUAAACUAAACGGGGUUUAGAGCACUGUUUCACUGAAUCAGCUGGUUGAGAGCAGACGGAACAAUGACCUCGGCAUCAACAAAGGUUGGUGAGAUCUUCUCUGCAGCAGGAGCUGCUUUUACUAAACUAGGGGAGCUGACCAUGCAGCUGCACCCGGUGGCGGACUCGAGUCCAGCAGGAGCUAAAUGGACGGACACAGAGAUUGAGAUGCUCCGGUCUGCUGUUAGGCGCUUUGGUGACGACCUGAACACUCUCAGCUCGGUCAUCAAGAAGCGUACAGUGGCACAAAUCAAGACCACAGUGAAAAGGAAGCUUUAUGAAGACAGUGGAGUUCCUUUGUCCUCUGACUCACCAAAAAAAGCUACCAAGAAGGUCCCAGUUGCCAUGGCUCCCCCUCCACCACCCACAGUUAUAGCUGUGCCAACAUCUCAGGUUGUGGUUACGUCAGGCUUACAGGGUCCUUCUGCAGGCUCAACUGGCAUCAAGAAGCCGAAAACAGCAGAUGUUACUCUCAGCGCUCUGAAUGAUUCAGAUGUGAACAGUGAUCUUGUAGACAUUGAGGGACUUGGUGACAGUUCUGCAACAAAAAAGCUUAACUUUGAUCAAGAAAGUCUCAAUCUUGAUUCAAGUCUCAUCAUGAACUCCAGUGACCUGCCUCUCCUGUCCCGCUGAACCUAGCUCUCUGCUCACAAUCAUGAACUCUUUAAAAAAAAAAAAAAAAAAUACAGCAGACUGGGCUGAACCUUUACAAAAUACAGUCUAGUCCAGGAAUCAAUGUUUUUGCUUGGUAGAAGGAUUCUGAAAGUUGUAGGUUUCAUGCAAGUCAAAUUUGUAAGGUAGAUUGCAUGCUCAUUUAAUUUUACAUUCAUUAUUUGGUCUGUUUAAAAACAGUCUAAAACAGGUCACCCAUGUCUUACAAAUUGUCUUGUCUGACAAUAAUGUUUAUACUGUAAUUACUAAUAUUCUCUUAUAAAUUCAUUUUAAAUACAAUUUUUUACAUUGGUCUUAUCUAAAUGAAGAUACACCUUUAUUGCAUUAAUUUGUUUUAUUAAGAGACUGUUCUUUUGUCAAGUGUCUUUGAAUACAUGAUAAUGCUAUUUUUCUGUACUGUCUGUCUUGCUGUCAGAUUAUUUAAAUUUUAACUAGAUUUUGUUUAUCAUCAAAUUGACGGAACUGCAUGCAUUCUGCACAUGACUGUGUUCACGCUUUGCUUAAUUUGUUUGCAUAAAGUCAGGUUUUAAAAACAUAUACAAUUAUCUAUUUUUAAAAACAUUUUCGGAGUUUGAAAACUGUUAUAUUUUCUUUUUUGCAGACAGCCUAACCUUUGCUCACAGGGAACAACUGAGCAGACAUAAGCAAUUUAACACAACAUUUAAAUUAUUUAUAUUUUUGAAAAGAUAAUCUGUGCCAGUAAACUAUUGUUUUAAACUCAGCAAAGUGCAUGAAUUGAUGAAAGCGGGGGUGGGGGAGUGUACACUUGUACAUCUGGUAAGCCUGAAUGCAAAUUAAUUUUAUACCUCAUUUAUAUCUAAUGUUCUACAUUGAAAAAAAGUUGGAGCAUACACUCUCAAUUUGGGGUACAUAACUCCCAGCAUGAUCCACAGACAAUGUGCAUGGCAAAACUGUGGCUUCAGGCAACUCUGUCACAUAUACAGUACAUAAACUUAAUGUUGACUUGCCUACUGAGUGCUAAUCAUCCCAGCUAUGAGUGCCACUGAGCACCCAAUAAAAUAAACCAGAAACCACAGUCCUUGCUAAAUGCAGUUGUGUGACAAAUAUUGAAUGACAGACAAAAGAUAAAAUAAUUUUUGGAUUUAAAAUGUAUACAAGUUAUACAGGAACAUAUGCCUGCUAGGGCUAUUCUCUAUAAAACAUUCCAAAAUAGUCACAUAAAGACGUGACAUAUACAUAUAAGGAAAUAGACAUCAUUUAAAAAUCUAUUUUAUUUUUCAUUAGAAUCCCUUAUACAUUUCCUGCAUAGUGUAUUAUCACAGUGACCAUUGCAUAAUCAUAGAAUUUACAUUUUAUUAAGAUGUGUAAAUAAAAUCAAACUUCAAAAGUG